AUGGGAUUGAACAAGGUGGCGGAGACUCACGGGGAGUGUUUUUGCUUUGCCAUUAAACACGCCGCCGGUUUUGGGAUUCCGGUUGAUAUGGACCGGGCCGCGGAUCUUCAUUCUGCUUGUGGGGUCACAAAUGACAUAAAACUCAGCUGCCGUGAUGUAGUAUCUAUGUCUCCUGGUUCAUCACCUGUUCAACCUCCUGCUUUUUCUCCCACUCCGGCACCACUUACCAACACUUUGCCUUUGGUGUUGCCGCCGGCCCCGGAAUCCCCUGAUUCUCCGAUUCCGGCACCGUUUAAGUCUUUAGAACCACCAUCUCCUUCGGUGUCGUCGCCGGCCCCUGAUUCUCCAAUUCCGGCGCCGUUAAAGUCUUUAGAACCACCGUCUCCUUCGGUGUCGUCGCCGGCUCCGGAUUCCCCUGAUUCUCCAAUUCCGGCACCGCUUAAGUCUUCGGAACCACCAUCUCCGUCGGUGUUGCCGCCGGCGGCUAAUUCCCCUGAUUCUCCGAUUCAGGCACCGCUUAAGUCUUCAGAACCACCGUCUCCUUCGGUGUCGUCGCCGGCGGCUAAUUCCCCUGCUUCUCCAAUUCCGGCACCGCUUAAAUCUUCAGAACCACCGUCUCCUACGGUGUCGCCGGCGGCGGCUGAUUCCCCUAAUUCUCCAAUUCCGGCACCGCUUAAGUCUUCUGAAUCACCAUCGCCUUCGCCGGCUCUCGCCUCUUCAAUUUCGGAACCACCAUCUUCUUCGGUGUUGGCGCCGAUUGCCGCUUCUCCAACUGCACCUCCGAAGUCUUCUCCUACUUCGGCUCCUCCAAAACCGGCAGUCACCUCCGGGCAUAGUCCGGCACCUGAAAAAUCCGCCGGCUACAACAUCUUAUCAUUUUCAGUUGCUUUUAGCGCGGCGGCGGCCUUGGUGUCAUUCAUGUUUGUGGUAGCUUAGUUAGUUUAGGUAGGAAAUAAUUAUGGAUUUUCCGUUUGUUUAGUAUAUUAGUUAG